AUGGCAUCUAUCAUGAGAAACAAGCUCCUCGCCCUUGUGGCCGUUUGGUUCUAUCUGGUUGUGACUGUGGUUGCUGAUUCCACAGUGGAGCUUGGCAAUAUGAUUGAUGAUAGAGCUGCUCUGGAGGGUGCUGUUUAUGUUGAGCCCGGACUUCUUCCUCGUGAUGAGCAUCUCACUGUCACUGUCACCGAUACUGUGUGUGCUACGCAGAGUCCUGGCAUUCCACCUACCACUUUGAUCACCGCUCCACAGCCCCCAGCAACCGUGACUCCCACUUCUGUGACUGGGCCUGCGCCAACUAGCCAGAAACCCCCAGUUUCCUCCGAGUCUCAUGGUGGCCAUACUACUGGAACUGCUCCUGAGGCUUCGACUAUGUCGACUGUUCAGCACACUGAGACUCCUGGACCUAGCUUCCCGCCGAGCACAAGUGUGUCCCCAGGUUCGCAGUCAAGUACCCAUGCGAGCUCCCAGACCACUGGCCCUGCUCUUCCAUCGACCUCGCCUGUGACUUCGGUUGGGCACUCAAGCAGCCAUCCUGUCAGCUCCCAAACUACGGAAUCGGCUAGCACUGGCACGGCUCCCAGUAGCUCCCAUUCUUCGACUGCGCCCCCUCUCUCAAACGAUGCCUCUGCCCAGGGAGGAAUGAAAGGCGCACUACUGGCCCUUGGCCUGACGUUUGUUGGGUUCCUGGCGGUUUAGAAACUGUCUUUCCCGGGUCGCAGUGAUCAUGAAAGACAGACUCGAACAGCGUCUGGUAUCGCGGGUUAUGUUUUUUAUUUAUCGCUUUGAUGAUCUCACGUCGGAGAUGCUUUGCUUGAUUCGUUUCUUUUCUUCUCUAGCGGGACGCACUGGUGACUACACACUUGGCUCCCUUUAAUACCG